AUGGCUCCUUAUCACAUCCGCAAAUACCAGGAGAGCGACCGCGAGUGGGUCCUGGCCUUGUUCUCCAGGGGAAUGACCGAGAACAUCCCUACUAACUUCCGCCACUUGCUGAAGCUGCCCCGAACGCUUGUGCUCUUACUUGGGGGGUCCCUGGCUCUACUUCUGGUCUCUAGCUCCUGGCUCCUGGCACUUAUGUUCAGCCUCACCCUCCUGUCUGUCCUGUGGUUCCUUGUAAAACAUCCCUGGGAGAAGUAUGUAGACAUGAGUUUGCACACAGACAUGGCUGACAUCACCAAAUCCUACCUGAAUGAAUGCAGCUCCUGCUUUUGAGUGGCUGAGUCUGAAGAGAAUGUGGUGGGCAUGGUGGGAGCUCUGCCUGUGGACGAUCCCACUCUGCAGGAGAAGAGGUUGCAGCUGUUUCACCUUUCUGUGGCCUCUGAGCACCGUCGUCAGGGGAUAGCAAAAGCCCUGGUCAGAACCGUUCUCCAGUUUGCCCGGGACCUGGGUUACAGUGAAGUUGUCCUUGACACCAACUUGAUGCAGUCCUCUGCCAUGGCCCUCUACUGCGACAUGGGCUUCCAGGAGAUAGGCCAGUCCUAUUUCUUGAUGAGUGCCAGGUUAGUGGAUGUUCCUACAGUUCAUUUACUCUACCGCCUCCCUUCUGCUCAGGCAGGGGGUCUGUGA